AUCUGUACGUGCAAAUUGUGCUACAUUAACAAAUUACAUGUUGGCAAAAAAGGACAGCCUCCUCAAAAUUUUUCCCAAAGUGUGCAUCAAAUUAGUGCGAAAAAUGUAAAAGCGAGUGGAACAAAAGGAAGAAAUUGGGAUAAAUUAAAUCUCACAAAAUUGAAUGACGAUAGUGGGUUAUCGCCCAGUUUGGGGAAAUGCGAUGCGGUGGACGGAGGAAGGCGCUGCGCUGAAGAAACCCACAAGGUAUCAUACAAUCUGUCAUGCAUGCUGUCUAGCAGAUCCCCCGGGCACUGUUAUCAUCCCGCUGGGGAAAAAACGGUUAUCUACGUUACAAAUGCGUUAAUUGGGCCUAACCGCUUCGUGAACAAAUAUUCAUUUUUUAAAAGUCACAAUGGGGAGUAUCAGCCCUUCCCCAGUGAGGGAUGCAUUCAUAAGAGGCGCACACAGUUGUCGCAGUGGACAAAUAUCCUCCUCCAUAACGUGUUUCAAAACGAAACGGUGAAUUUGCACCUACAUAACGUGUUUUUAGAAAUAAUUCGCACGGUGCAAAGUACACUAAGGAGUAAAAUAUUUUAUGUAGACGUUAAGGAAGAGUUGCGCAAAAGGAAAAAUACCAUUAUGGAUAUACUGCACCAAAUUUAUGCACUAAAAAAUAGGAGAAACAUACUGAGGAGUGAUAAGAACCCAGAAAAGGGCAAGACAAAGCUUCGAAUUUUAUUCAUCGGGAGUAACGAGUUCAGUUUGUUGUGCUUUAAAUUGAUCAUGUUAAUCAUAAAGUAUGUAAGAAAUGAUAUAGUGUUAGAUCACGUUAUUACCAAGAGCCCCAGAAAAAAAGGAAGACAUUUAAAAUUAAAAAAAUCGCACAUAGAGGAGGAAGCAGAGAAAGACAAAAUAAAAAUUUUUUAUUAUGAUAAAAUAAGGAAUGACACAUAUUUGCUAAAAAAUAAAACCUUCGAUUUGUGCAUUUCUGCAUCGUUUGGAGAAAUAUUUAAUGCCUCCUUUUUUAAGAACAUUGCUGCCAAUGUGUACACCUUGCACCCAAGCUUACUACCACUCUACCGGGGUGCAUCCCCCAUUCAGAGAAGUUUAUUAAAUAAUGAAUCCCUUUUUGGUUACUCUAUAUUUCUCACCAAUUUGCGCAUCGAUGCGGGACCCCCUUUGAUAAGAAGUCCGCUUAUAUUUGAUCAAGAUUUCAAUUUUAACGACAUAAUUACGAUAUUGUUCACCUUGGGGACAUUGCAUUUGAUGAGCCAUAUUUUCUUCCUCGCCAAUUACAAAUUGGGUAGCCCCGACGGGGAGUUACAACCCAGGGGGGAAUCUCCUACCCCUUCAACCGUCUCUACACAUAAUAAUUACAAUCAGUUACACCUUCACCAUUUGCUAUAUGAUGAGGAAAAUAUUAUCACUCCACAUAACGUCAAAAUGAGUCAGUCCAUGCUGCAUAGAGACACUGGUCAGGAUAUAAUGAAUCACGGUUGGCUGAGAAAUUAUUUCAUGCUCUCUUCGACCCAUAAAAAUAAUAGCUACGCACCGAAAAUAAAAAGUGAAGAAAGGUAUGUCUGUUUUUUUUGUUCAACCGGCCUGCACAUUCAUAAUAAAGUGAGGGGGUUUAUAAACUGGCCCAAGGUGGAAUGUACCUUUUUCCUCGUCCACAAGGGUGGCCUCAAGGCCAUGGAGGUGAAAUUAAUUAAAACGUCCCACGACUCGGGAGACCAUAGCAGCCGCCACCAUCACCACCAAUUUAAACACUUCGACGUUGUUCAGAGCCACAAGUGCUUCGAUGGCAUCCCGCGCAAAAUGGCAAUUUUUAAUAGAGGGGCCAUAAACAUUCUCUGCAAGGACAAUAGCCUGCUAAAAAUUUACAAAUUGCAGCGGAAAAACAAACAAAUUAUGGACGCUUCAUCCUUUUUUAACAGCAUCAACCGAGUCGAUUUGCUGUACUAG